CUCUCCAUAACAUCCAGCACUACUCCAUACAAACUCUCUCUCCAUUACUCCAUCCCGCUGCAUCUCAUAUCUCUCUCAAGGUUCUCGCCUUACUCCCCACCAACAACGCCCAAUCAUUCAUCAUACACAAUGGCCUGGCAGCCGUCAGAACAGGGGCUCCAAGAGGUCCUUGGUAUGCUCAGAGAUACCUCGAGCGUCGACUCAGAGGUACAGAGAAAUGUCGCCCAGCGUCUCGAACAACUUCGUUUCGUCCCCGACUUCCUUGCAUAUCUUGCCCACGUCCUCAUCCACUGCACAGGCGAACAAGACUCUCAUCGAGCAGUCGCCGGUCUUUUGCUCAAAAACUCUCUCAAUCAGCGUUCAGGACCCACAACAAACGAGAACGAUGCCCGAGCAAUGGCCUAUGUCAAGAAUACAGUCUUGACUGGCUUGGCGGACCCCGAUCAGAUUGUGAGACAAACAGUUGGAACGGUCAUCAUGUGCUUGAUCUCCAAUGAGGAUGUUGGAGCUUGGCCAGAAGCGUUGGAUGCUUUAACAAAGGGAAUGGGGUCGACGGACCCUAACGUCGUCGAGGGCUCCUUUAACACAUUACAAAAAAUUUGUGAAGAUGCCCCUCAUAAGCUCGACUUCCAGGUGCAAGGCCGGGACCUCCUCGACCAUCUUGUUCCCCAGUUUAUCGAAUUCACCAACCACAAUGUGAACAAAGUCCGUCUUUACGCCCUCCAAAUCCUCCAAUCUCUUCUCUCCAUCGGUAUCGCCGCUGUCACCGCGAACAUCGAUAACUAUAUCCGUGCUUUGUUCAACAAGGCGUCAGAUCCCUCGCCCGAUAUCCGGAAAAGCGUCUGUGCCUCUCUUGGCUUGAUCCUUGGCUCUAGACCGGACAAGUUGGUGCCAGAAAUGGGCAAUGUAGUCGACUAUAUCGUGUUCUGCACUCAGGACGAUGACGAGACUGUUGCCCUCGAAGCCUCCGAGUUUUGGUUGACUUUUGCUGAGGACGCUUCACUCAAGGACCAGCUCCGUCCUUAUCUUCCCAAGGUCGCCCCACUUUUGCUCAACAAGAUGGUUUAUUCUGACUACGACAUCGCUGUACUUGACAUGGACGAAUAUGAUGAGGAUGUUGCCGACAAGGAGACCGAUAUAAAGCCCCGUAACUACUCUUCCAAGGUCCAUGCCGCGCACGAGAGCAACGACCCUUCCUCGUCCAAGGGGGCUGGGUUUUCUCGUGAAGCUGCUGAUCGAGCGUUUGAGGAGGACGAUGAGGAAGAGGACGAAGAAGAUGACGAUUUCUUUGACGAUGAAGAUGGGACGGGCGAGUGGAAUAUUCGAAAAUGUUCUGCGGCGACGCUGGAUGUGUUGGCUGUAUCUUUUGGAGCAGAGUUGUUAGAGAUUUUGUUACCUCAUUUGAGAGACAAGAUCUUUGACGCCGAAUGGCAACAACGAGAGAGUGGUGUUUUGGCACUUGGUGCUAUUGCCGAGGGCUGUAUCGCCGGCCUUGAGCCCCAUCUUCCGCAACUUGUCCCCUUCCUCCUCAGGUCUCUCGAAGACAAGAAGGCCCUGGUGCGAUCGAUCACUUGUUGGUCUCUUGGUCGUUACGCCAGCUGGAUCGUCCAAGUCAACCCCGAGGACAAGACUCAAUAUUUCAUCCCGACUAUGGAAGGUCUCCUCCGCAUGGUGCUUGACCACAAUAAACGUGUACAGGAAGCGGGAUGUUCUGCCUUUGCCACUCUCGAGGAAGAGGCCGGGACUGAAAUGGCGCCCUUCUUGGAGCCGGUUUUGCGAAACUUGACAUACGCGUUCUCCAAGUACCAGCAAAAGAACUUAUUGAUCUUGUAUGAUGCCAUCGGUACGCUUGCCGACUCUGUCGGGGAUGCGCUCGGCCAGCCAGGUUAUCUUGAAAUCCUGAUGCCUCCUCUGAUCGAUCGAUGGCAAAGAUUAGGAGACAAUGACCCUGAUUUGGUUCCUCUUCUCGAGUGCUUGUCCUCUGUGUCAAUUGCUGCCUCUCAAAGCUUUACUACUUAUACACCCCCUGUCUACCAGCGAUGCCUCAACAUCAUCCACACCACUCUUCAGCAGUACUCUGCCUUCGAGCAAGAUCCUGACAAUGUCGAUGAGCCCGACAGGACUUUUAUCGUCGUCGCUCUCGACUUGUUGUCUGGUUUGGUGCAGGGUAUGGGAGAAGCGAUUCAUCCGUUGAUCUUGGAGGGCCAGCCGCCAUUGUUGCACUUGUUGGCCCUCUGCUUGACACACUACGAACCCCCCGUCAGACAAUCCGCUCACGCUCUUCUCGGUGACAUGGCCAUCUCGUGCUUCCCCAUCCUCAAACCCGUUGUCCCCCAGAUCCUUCCUUCUGUCAUCGAGCAAAUUGUCGUCGAGCCUCCUGCUGACUGCAUCAGUGUGUGCAACAAUGCCGCCUGGGCUGUGGGUGAAGUUGCUCUUCAAUUCAACAACGACUCUGCUGCCCUUGAGCCGUUUAUGCCUGCUUUGGUCCAGAGGCUUAUCCCUAUUCUUUUGAGCUCAAAAUCACCAAAGAGUUUGAGCGAGAAUGCAGCUGUGACAAUCGGUCGGUUGGGUCUUGUUUGCCCCGCGCUUGUGGCCCCUGAGCUGCCCAACUUUGCUCAGGCUUGGUGUACGGCUUUGUGGGAGAUUAAGGAUAAUGAUGAGAAGGACUCGGCGUUCAGAGGAUUGUGUAUGAUGAUCAGCGCCAACCCUGAGGGUAUUCAGAGUAGUUUUGUAUGGUUCUGUAACGCCAUCUGCAAAUGGCAACAUCCCUCCGCUCAACUCGAUGAGAUGUUCCGAACAAUUUUGCAAGGGUUCAAGAAUGGUCUUGGUGCGCAAUGGGACGCCCAAAUGUCCAACUUCCCUCCCGUCAUCAGACAGCGUCUCGCUGAGCGUUACGGCGUCUAAAGGAACUCUCUUCUUGUCACGAUGUUUCGUUUUUGCCCUUUUCCUCGACCAUACAGCGUCCGUCAUAUACCCUCAUUCGAUUAGGCAUCUCAGCAUCUAUACCCCUACAUAGCAUUGCGUUUCACGACACUCUCUAUCUUCAAUUAUAUUACGGCGGAGCCUUUGGCGGUCGAAUUUGUGUGCAUUUGGAUAGUGCUCAAGUCUAGUAGGGUAGUUCAACAAGUAAAUAGAUAUACAUAGCAUUUUUCUGUUUUGAAUAAGUUUGCAUUGGAAGCCUUGCCUUAUGCAGGCUUUACAUCAUGGUUACGAAAGUAGAUAGCAACAAUAGUAGAUAGGCAUUGAAUGAACGUCGAAAGUCACGAUCGAGUAUACGAGUGCCAC